CAGGCCAUCCACGCCAUUUUUCCAUGGUCCAAGUCCAACUUCUUGAAGCCCUUUGACGUAACUUUCCACUUUCAGUUGCUCGUUCGCAUUCGCCCUAGCACACUCCCCCACCAAUGGAAGACUCGGUUACGGCGGAGCUCCUCGACGACACGGCGGUUUCCGAGGAGCCGGUUUCUCACUCGGCCGACAACGGAACUCAGUUGACGCCUCAACAACUGGUGGCCAAGGCCAUAGCUCCUGUUAAGCGGGAGUUUCUUCGCCCUCCGCCAGUGAGGUCAUCAUCCUCUAACAACGUGAAGGAUGCCACUUCCACCGCUAAGAGUGACAGUGAUGAUAAACCUGCUCCGUCCGGCUUGGUGAAGGAGAAGAAGUCCAAACGUCAAUUGAAACGAGAACGACGUCAGGAACAGAAGUCCACUCGCCACUUGUGUCCUGAAAUAGCGAAGACUGGAGAUGUUAGUUCAUGUCGGUAUAGUGAUAAAUGCCGCUUUAGUCAUGAUAUUGAAGCCUUUAAAUCUCAGAAACCUGCUGAUCUCGAUGGAGAGUGUCCCUUCAGUGGUGCUGAACAACUUUGCCCCUACGGUUUAGCGUGUAGAUUUGCAGGGACCCAUAAGGAAGGUGUUCCUGCUGGUUCUUCAGUUACUUUGAAGAAAUGCUCUGAAAUGAAUGGAUUGAAUAAAGAUGUUCAAAAGCUCUUAUGGAAAAACAAGAUGAAAUUUCCCAAAGCUGAUUCCAAACUCAAAGAACUUGGGCUCUUGGCUCAGGGAAAGUCAAAACUGAGGGUCAAAGAAGAUAAGGAAAAUGCUGUAUCAAAUGACAUUGUGGUUGCAGACAGAACAUGCUGCAGCAAAGUGAACAACGACUUGGAUGCUGACUUAGAGAUCUCUGUGAAAGUGCCAGAAGAAAAUGAGCAGGAAGAAGGAACAUUUUCAUCUGAUGAAUCUCGACCCCUGAAGAAAUCAAAAUCUUUGUCUUCAGAGAAUUUCCAUUCUGAUCAAGUUGACAAUGGGGCACGUAUGAUCGAUGAAACCAUUGGUGAGGGCCAUACACCAAUCGAGUCUGAAGUUAUGAAUGACAGUGUACUUCUUGAUAGUGAUGCAAGUCUAAAACCACAUCCCCGUGAAAAAAAGCUUAUUGAUUUUAGAGAUAAGCUGUAUCUUGCCCCUCUGACCACUGUUGGGAAUCUUCCCUUUAGAAGAGUUUGCAAAGUUUUAGGAGCAGAUGUGACAUGCGGUGAAAUGGCAAUGUGUACCAAUCUUUUGCAGGGUCAAGCUUCAGAAUGGGCAUUGUUGAGACGACAUUCCUCAGAAGAUCUAUUUGGUGUACAGAUAUGCGGUGCAUAUCCGGACACAGUUUCACGUGCUGUGGAACUUAUAAACAAAGAAUGUGUGCUUGACUUCAUCGACAUAAACAUGGGAUGCCCAAUUGACAUUGUUGUGAAUAAGGGUGCUGGAUCAGCUCUUCUCACAAAGCCAAUGCGCAUGAAAAGUGUAGUAGAAGCAGCUUCGGGAAUUGUGGAUACACCCAUUACAAUUAAGGUUCGGACAGGCUACUUUGAAGGGAAAAACCGUAUCGAUUCACUUAUUGCAGAUAUUGGUAACUGGGGAGCCAGUGCUGUAACCAUUCAUGGCCGGACUCGUCAGCAACGAUACAGCAAGCUUGCUGACUGGGAAUACAUAAAUCGUUGUUCCUCGUUGGCUCCUGAAUCUCUGCAAGUUAUAGGAAACGGGGACGUAUUUUCAUAUUCAGACUGGAAUCGACAUAGGGACGAAGGUCCAAAGUUAGCCACAUGCAUGAUUGCUAGAGGAGCACUGAUUAAGCCUUGGUUAUUUACUGAAAUUAAGGAACAGAGAAACUGGGACAUCACUUCAGGGGAGCGGCUAAACAUCUUGAAGGAUUUUGUUCAUUUUGGGCUUGAGCAUUGGGGAUCCGACACAAAAGGUGUUGAGACGACAAGGCAUUUCUUAUUGGAAUGGCUUAGCUACACAUGUAGAUAUAUUCCCGUUGGUCUUCUGGAUGUUGUUCCCCAACGUCUAAACUGGCGACCACCAUCGUAUUUCGGCCGUGAUGACCUCGAGACGCUCAUGUCCUCUGACUCUGCUGCUGACUGGAUUAAGAUCUCAGAGAUGUUGCUUGGUAAAGUUCCUGAUGGCUUCUCGUUCGCACCCAAACACAAGUCCAACGCCUACGACCGAGCUGAAAAUGGCUAAUUUGGAUUCGUUACUACAAAGAUGAUCGCUGCAAUUCUCUUCUUGGUGCCAUUGCUGAUGCAGAGUAUUGUAAGGCCUUUGCCGCGUGCAUCGCCAGUUAAGUGGCUGAAGAGCUAAUUUAGUUUUCUCACAAAUUAUUUAUAUAUUUAUGUUCCGAUUACAUCAUAAAUCUGCUGCAGUAAUUAGGAAAAAAAGGACAAAUCUGUUGGCCUGCCCUUUCUGCACAGCUGUUAAAUUAUUACAUUUAAGAUACGUUUAUUUUAGUAAAUCAAUGAUUAUUUGAAAAGUGGACUCUAUUCGACUAUAUUUGUUGCUUUCCUAUGUUCUGUAAUCGAAUAAAAUGCGGGGUUCACUUUUACGUUUGUAAUAAAAGAAUACAAUCCAAUUGAGGUGUGGAGGAUGAUCAAUCCAA